AUGGCGGAACACAACAUUGUUGUCUUUGCGGGCGACCACUGCGGCCCAGAGGUCAUUGCUGAGGCAAUCAAGGUCAUCAAGACAGUCGAGAAGUUGAGCCCGACUGCUGGCAAGUUCAAUCUGCAGGACCACCUGCUUGGAGGGUGCUCCAUCGACCAGACCGGCUCCCCCCUCACCGACGAGGCCCUCGCUGCCGCCAAAGCCGCCGAUGCCGUGCUUCUCGGCGCCAUCGGUGGCCCCGAAUGGGGCACCGGCGCCGUCCGCCCGGAGCAGGGUCUCCUGAAGCUGCGCAGUGAGAUGUGCGCCUACGGCAACCUCCGUCCCUGCUUCUUCGCGUCCGACGCCCUCGUCGAGUCCUCCCCCCUGAAGGCGUCCGUCUGCCGCGGCACCGACAUGAUUAUCGUUCGCGAGUUGACUUCGGGCCUGUAUUUCGGAGAGCGAAAGGAGUACGAUGGAACCAAUGCGUUCGACACUACCGUUUACACGAAACCAGAGAUUGAGCGUAUCGCGCGCUUGGGCGGUAUCCUGGCCAGGAAAAGGGGAGAUUCGCGGGUUAUCUCGCUCGACAAGGCAAACGUGCUGGCGACGAGCAGACUCUGGCGUACUGUCGUCGAUGAGGUCUACAAGAACGAGUUCCCUGAUCUCAAGGUUGAGCACCAGCUUAUCGACAGCGCCGCCAUGAUCAUGGUCAAGAACCCGACGCAUCUGAAUGGCGUCCUGUUGGCGCCUAACUUGGCUGGCGAUAUCCUUAGCGACGAGGCGAGCGCCAUCACUGGAAGCAUAGGACUCCUCCCCAGCGCAAGUCUCUGCGGAGUGGGCACCGCAGUGCCUUCUAUUUGCGAACCUAUUCACGGGAGCGCGCCGGACAUUUCAGGCAAGGGUAUUGUGAACCCCAUUGGCACCAUCCUUUCCGUGGCCAUGAUGUUCCGGUACUCUCUGAACCUCGGCCACGAGGCCAAGCUCGUCGAGGACGCGGUUCGCGUCGCCAUCGAUGCCGGGUUGAGAACCAAGGAUAUGGGCGGCAACACGAGCACCGCCGAGGCAGGAGAUCUCAUCGUUGCUGAGCUGUCCAAGAUUCUCAAGGCUGACGUCGAAGCUCUGGAGAUAGCUUCUGCUCAACCUCUAACAACACCUCGACGACAUUCAUCUAGCCCGCCCUUCCCCUCAACCGCCGACCCUCCUACAUCCUCCAUCGACUCUCCCUUUGUGACGACGCUACACGAGCCGAGCCCUGCUCGCGUCGAACCGCCCAGCAUGCCUCCUGUAAGCACCCCGAUCCCAACGCCCCGUUGUCGCCAUCGCCGCAAGCAGAAGAAAGAAGCCAAGGUCGAGCAGGAGGAGGAUCUCGGACAUGGCAAGAUCUUCUCCGUCUCAGGACCCGUCAUUGUUGCCGAGGACAUGAUUGGUGUUGCUAUGUACGAGUUGGUUAGAGUCAGUCACGAUAACCUAGUCGGUGAAGUCAUUCGAAUCAACGGCGACCAAGCAACCAUCCAGGUCUACGAGGAGACUGCUGGUGUCACUGUCGGUGACCCCGUCUACCGCACCGGAAAGCCCCUCUCCGUCGAGCUCGGCCCCGGUCUGCUCAACGGUAUUUACGAUGGUAUCCAAAGACCUCUCGAGAAGAUCAGCGAAAUGUCGAAGACCAUUUACAUUCCCCGCGGUAUCGCCGUCCCUGCCCUCGACCGUAAUAAGAAGUGGGAUUUCGAACCCACCGCAAAGGUCGGCGACCACAUCUCAGGCGGCGACGUCUGGGGUACCGUCAACGAGAACUCGUUCAUUUCCGUCCACCGAAUCUUGCUCCCUCCUCGCGCCCGCGGUACCAUCACGAAGAUCGCCAGCAAGGGACAGUACACCGUCGCCGAGCCCCUGCUCGAGGUCGAGUUCGAUGGAAAGAAGACCGAGUACCCCAUGAUGCAGACUUGGCCUGUGCGAGUUCCCCGCCCUACCACCGAGAAGCUCCAGGCGAACGAGCCCUUCAUCGUCGGUCAGAGAGUGCUGGACGCCCUUUUCCCCAGUGUCCAGGGUGGUACCGUCGCCAUUCCUGGUGCUUUCGGCUGUGGCAAGACUGUCAUUAGUCAGUCUGUGUCCAAGUUCUCCAACUCCGAUGUCAUCGUCUAUGUCGGCUGUGGUGAGCGCGGAAACGAGAUGGCCGAAGUCUUGAAGGAUUUCCCCGAGCUUACCAUUGACGUUGACGGUCGCAAGGAGCCCAUCAUGAAGCGUACCACCCUCAUCGCCAACACCUCCAACAUGCCCGUCGCUGCUCGUGAGGCCUCUAUUUACACCGGUAUCACGGUCGCCGAGUACUUCCGUGACCAAGGUCUCGACGUUGCCAUGAUGGCUGACUCCUCCUCGCGUUGGGCUGAGGCUCUUCGUGAAAUUUCUGGUCGUUUGGGAGAAAUGCCUGCUGAUCAAGGUUUCCCGGCCUACCUCGGUGCCAAGCUUGCCUCUUUCUACGAGCGUGCCGGUCGCGUCGUGUCUCUCGGUUCACCUGAGCGAAACGGCAGUGUCAGCAUUGUCGGUGCCGUCAGUCCCCCUGGUGGUGAUUUCUCCGAUCCCGUCACUACUUCAACUCUCGGUAUCGUACAGGUCUUCUGGGGUCUCGACAAGAAGCUCGCGCAGCGCAAGCACUUCCCCUCCAUCAACACCUCGCUCAGUUACUCCAAGUACACCAUGGUUCUCGACAAGUGGUAUGAAAAGGAUUACCCCGACUUCCCCCGUCUCCGUGACCGCAUCAGACAGCUCUUGUCCGACUCUGAGGAGCUUGACCAGGUCGUGCAGCUGGUCGGAAAGAGUGCGCUGUCUGACCCCGACAAAAUCACUCUGGAUAUCGCCGCGCUUCUGAAGGAAGAUUUCCUGCAGCAAAACGGUUACUCAGAUUAUGACCAGUUCUGCCCGCUGUGGAAGACGGAGUGGAUGAUGAAGCUUAUGGUUGGCUUCCACGACGAGGCACAAAAGGCCAUUGCUCAAGGCCAGAGCUGGGCCAAGGUCCGUGAGGCCACCGGUGAUUUGCAGGCCAAGCUGCGUCAACUCAAGUUCGAGGUUCCCUCCGAGGGCCAGGAGGCUAUCGAGAAGAAGUACGAGGAUAUUCAGCAGCAGAUGCUGGACAAGUUUGCCUCUGUUUUGAAAGUGAGACCGGCAUACCGCGUGGGUGAAGAUGUAGAUCGAGGCACUCGAAGGUGCCUGGUCAGCUACGUCCAACUCUACAAUAACAACAGAGCUAGCUCUGUGCUUGAAGCCCUGGAGCUCAUCUUUACCGUUAGUCUACCGGGCGAUAUCGCCGUACCCGAUGCUGUCUAG